GGCCACCAUGGGAUGUACUCUGAGUGCAGAGGAGCGAGCCGCCCUCGAGCGGAGCAAGGCGAUUGAGAAAAACCUCAAAGAGGAUGGCAUCAGCGCCGCCAAAGACGUGAAAUUACUCCUGCUGGGGGCUGGAGAAUCUGGAAAAAGCACCAUUGUGAAGCAGAUGAAGAUCAUCCACGAAGAUGGCUUCUCUGGAGAAGACGUGAAGCAGUACAAGCCCGUUGUCUACAGCAACACCAUUCAGUCCCUGGCAGCCAUCGUCCGGGCCAUGGACACUUUGGGCAUCGAAUACGGUGACAAGGAGAGAAAGGCCGAUGCCAAGAUGGUGUGUGACGUGGUGAGUCGAAUGGAAGACACGGAGCCCUUCUCUCCAGAGCUGCUCUCCGCCAUGAUGCGACUCUGGGGCGACUCAGGGAUCCAGGAGUGCUUCAACAGGUCCCGCGAGUAUCAGCUCAACGACUCCGCCAAAUACUACCUGGACAGCCUGGAUCGGAUCGGGGCUGCCGACUACCAGCCCACCGAGCAGGACAUCCUCCGAACCAGGGUCAAAACCACUGGCAUCGUAGAAACCCACUUCACAUUCAAGAACCUCCACUUCAGGCUGUUCGACGUCGGGGGCCAACGAUCUGAACGCAAGAAGUGGAUUCACUGCUUCGAGGACGUCACGGCCAUCAUCUUCUGCGUCGCACUUAGCGGCUAUGACCAGGUGCUCCACGAAGACGAGACCACGAACCGCAUGCACGAAUCGCUGAAGCUCUUCGACAGCAUCUGCAACAACAAGUGGUUCACGGACACGUCCAUCAUCCUGUUUCUUAACAAGAAGGACAUAUUCGAAGAGAAGAUCAAGAAGUCCCCGCUAACCAUCUGCUUUCCUGAGUACACAGGCCCCAACACCUUCACGGAAGCCGUGGCUCAUAUCCAGGCGCAGUAUGAGAGCAAGAACAAGUCGGCCCACAAGGAGAUCUACACCCACAUCACCUGUGCCACUGACACCAACAACAUCCAGUUUGUCUUUGACGCCGUGACGGACGUCAUCAUCGCCAAAAACCUUCGGGGCUGUGGCCUCUACUGAGCCCUGGCCUUGCCACCCAGCUGCCCACCACCCUGCCCAGCCUGCCGCCCCACCCCUGCCCUGGAACCAGAGCUCCGCCACCUCCCGGACCGCUCCCUGCCCUGGACAAGGGAGCACCAGCAGCUGGCACUGAGCGGGGAAGAGGAGGCGCCCUCCACGGCCUCCCCCACCCCAGACACCAGAACACGUGGUAACGGGGCUGGCAGGGGCGCCGAGUGCCCACACCUGCCGAGACAGACGGCUCGCUGGCCUCCGCGCCAUGGCUGGGUGUCUCCCCGGGGGAGAGGCGUGCGGGGGCCGAGCCGCCGUCCGGCCCAGAACGGGCGUGCUCUGCACGCGGUGGUUCACGCUCGAGGUCCCAGGGUCCCCUCCUGUCUUCUGAAGCUGUGCAGGUGGUGGGGUGGCGUGCUGGCCGGAGUGGGGGUAGUGGGAGCCGCUGCUCAGCUUUUCUUGGGGUCUCUCUGGUCGAGGGCAGCUCCGUCACCAAAGGCCAGGGUGGAACCAGGCCACCAAUCGCGUGUGGGUCCGGGGGCUCAGGCCUCGGCAAGUGUCUCCCU